CACCCCCCUUAGUCAUGUGCACACCAUUUAAAUUUCUCUCUUUCCAUUGCACCAGUCAUGGGUAUUGUGUCCGCAUCAAUUGGGAGGUCACCGCGCCGAAUCUAAGAUUUUACAGUAAAGCUGCGAUUAUCAGAUCCAUUGAGGCUGAAAAGAUCGAUCAUCAGAACAAUGGGUAAAAUUGAAUACUUCAUCGUCGAAUUUUAUGGAGGCAAGACAACGUUUUACCCCGGUGAGGCACUGAAUGGCACUUUACGUGUGAAGGUCAACAAGGAGUUAAAACUGCGAGGUAUUCGACUCGAGUUCCAUGGCAAAGCACACAUUCAUUGGUCUGAAACGACAGGAUCUGGCGAGCAUAGAAGGACAAGACAUUACAGUAACAGUGAAACGUACAUCAACACUAUGGCGACGUUGUUUGGCAAAGGUAAGUUCGGUAUUUCCAGCUGUGUGUGCUGCUAUUAGGUACAUUUAAUUUAUUUUAUAUUUUCGUCGCUAUUUUCAGACGUAAACAAUGGUUUUGAAACCGAUUGCUGUUGCUCAGUGGCUUGUUUUUCGUGAUAUUUAGGGUAUUUUCGAAAAUGCACGUCAUUGCCAUCAUCAUCUAUCUAUUACUCUGGUACAUUUUUACACGAGCAACUGUCUUUGGCAGUUUUCCUGGGGUGUAUGAAUGAGUUGAAGUUAAACUUUAUAUUUUAUUGUCAUUUGCGUUGUGGGAGUUUGGCUGUAUUUCUGUGCAUUUCAUCUCUGCUAACUUUAAGUUGUUUUUAAAAGCAGAUUGCAAUGAGUUUUUUUUUCUUUUUUUUCUUUUUUAAACAUAAACGUAUUUAUUCCGAUCCGUCCUGUACCAAUGAUGUGUUUCAUGAUUAAUAAAUUAUCAAAUGCAGAUCGAUGGUGUAUUUGCAUGUCCAAGGUGAUCAAAAAAAUCAUAUUCAAAAGUAGUAGAAAUUAAAACACGAAAAUCAUUUUUUACAGGAAUUUCCUUGUUGCAAGCAUAUUUCCUUAUGGCUUGCAUGACAGUAGGCAACUAAGAUGUAGGUUUGCUAAAUGUUACAGGCAUGAUUGACAGGAUUUGAGGUCAAGAGUAUAGAAUAUUUGGCAGGCCAUUAAGUUCUUUCUGCAUCAAUUUGCAUUCCUAGUAUUUUGCCAAGACAUGUCCCAAAAAAUUAAACCACUCAAUCUACAAUUUUGUUCAACCAGGUUUACUUUGAAAAACAAGACAAACUAGUUAAAAUUAGUUGAAUAUAAUGUUGAGUUUGAGUUCACCAAAUUCAAGUUAGCUGAUAAUAAAUAACUUUAAAAAAUGGGGUCAAAUGUAGGGAAAAAUCUCUUUUUGUUAAGUUAGCAGGAGGUUUGAGUUAGCCUAGUCCAAGUUAGCAGAGAUUCAUCGUUAAAGUAUUUUUUAUGGCCUCAAUCCUUGACAAAUAUAUUUUUUUCUUUGUUUUUAUUUUACAGGUCCAAAUGAGAGUGGUGACGAUCCAGUUCUGCAGCCAGGGGAAUACUCUUACCCCUUUCAAUUUCUCAUUCCAAAUCAAAAUAUGCCAACAUCAGUUGAAGCAAAUCAUGGCUAUGUCCGAUACUGGCUCAAGGGAAUUAUUGAUCGCCCAUGGAGAUUUGACUUCACAACAAAGGCAGCAUUCACCAUGAUUGAGUUUGUUGACAUCAACACAUUGCCUCUUCUGGUGAGUGCACUAAUGUUGUAAUGCUCCAUGAAACAAAACCUUAUGUUGUUGAAUCUCUUUUUGUUGGUGCUGUUGUUGUUGAGUGGGUUUACUGUCUGCAGAAAUUCCCUUUCCAGCACUAUUCACAUAUGAGUGUAGCAAAUGGGCAGUGCUGAUUCUGUUUUUUGCAUUCCUUUCUUAAUUCAUGGUUUGCGUAAAUAAAAGGAAAAAGUUCAAGUCUCUUUCCUACUGUACAAAGUUUCAGGGAAAUAUUGACAUGUCAUGAAAUGAAUGAAAAAAUCCAUGGGUCACAAGAUGUCAGGAGGCAAAUCACACCUCAGACUGAUGUAAAUAAACCCUUUGCCAUCAUGACAUAUGCAUGGCUUUAUGUUUUAAUUUUUUGUUAGAAAGCAGAGAUCCAGGAAAAGAACCAGUUGUUCAGCAUAUUAAUUUACAAUGUGCUUUCAAAAAUAUAAGUGUGACUACAUUUAUUUUCAAUGUCGGAAUGCAUAUUUUUGUGGCAAUUGAAAUUUUUCCUUUUAUAUAGGAUCAUACUACCUGAUUAGUAGGAGUCAACUGAUAUCUUUUCAGCAAUAAGCAUUUUGGAUUAUGCUGUAAGAAUAUUUAUUUCAUUUUCAUUUGGAAUUCAAGUGCACUCUUCCUGUAGAGGACAAAAAUUUCAUGCUGGUAAUUACAAAAAUAAAAAUGAAUUUUCCAGAAAUGCAGAAAGAGUUGUUUUAAAGAAACAGUGGCCCUGGUGAUUUAAAGGGUGGAUAAAGCUAUUCCUUGAUAUAUCUUUAUCCAACGGUUAGUGCAGGAUUUUUUUUUUACCAUUUAUCCACUGGUUGGUGGUUCAUCUGUUGGAUAGCAUUAUCCUUCGUUUGAAGAACUGGGUCCUGAUUUUUAUCCUCCCUUAUUCUUUUUUAGCAACCCUGUCAGAUGGCUGAAAAUCGUGAUGUGGGAUGCCUGUGUUGUAAGUCUGGUCCUCUCAGUAUUACACUCUAUACCGACAGGGGUGGGUACUGUCCUGGUGAGUCUAUUGGAGUCUCAGCUGUCAUCAGUAAUAAUUCAAAUAAUGAAAUUAUUGGUCUGGAGUUCCAACUUAUUCAAGCCAUCGUUUAUAUUGCCUCAUGUGGUAAGUUGACAAAUAUGAAUGUUAUUAAACUUUGUGAUGUUAGAGGCAGCAACAAACAAUGUACUUUUGAUGUUCUGUAGAUGUCUCUGGUAUUCAUAGUUCUCUGUGGUUAAUUGUGGUUUAAAAUUAAUCCUGUUUUAAAAAUAUUAAAAAAUUUUUUUCCCCAGAAUUUACACAGACUUAAGUUGGCAGACUAAAAGAAUUCUAUUCUUUCAGUUUGCAAUCAUUAUUUGGGGAAUAUUAUUCUUACAUGUUCAUCAUAAUACCUCUUUGAUGGGCUAAGGUUUCAAAUAGAAUUGCCUUAAAUUGAUUGAUUAGCAUACAGUGCAUGUCAGUGUAAAUUUUUGCUUUAGUGAAGUACACCUGUAUGCUUGUAGAAGUACACGUAGAUGUAGGUAAUUCCAGAGAUGUGAACCUCCUAAAAACUUCUGUGUGACAUAGAUACAGGCUGGUAGAGUUCCUAACAAUUCAUUUUGUGAUGAUUACAGGAAAGCAAAGGCAUGGUGAGGAAAAGGUUGCAAGCAUGUUCCAGGAAGGAGUGAAGCCUGGUGAAGAGUCUCGUUUACCAAUGCUGGCAUUUACAAUUCCAUCAUUACCACCAUCCACAUUAAGUUGUCAUUGUUUGAGGCUGUCGUAUGUCCUGAGGGUAAUUUGUUAGUUGCAUUUGUUAUUGCUUUGGCUUAAUAACUGAAUUUUGAUACAGCAGGAGACUUUUUUGUUGUUUACCUGGCUUCAUCUAAAGAGAAGGGAAAGGGGGGGGAGGGAGGGGGUUUGAAGAAGUUGAGAAAGUUAUACAUAGCUAAACCCUUAACUGUGUCUCAGCUUUCCAUGACUUUCAUAAAUUCUCCCAACCUCCAAGUGUUCACAUGAAGCCAUGUACUGACUCCCAAAAGUAUUUGGCGCCAGUCAUCAUAAAACACAUCCUUUGCUAUAUCUUGUGUACUUGUUAAGAUUUUGUUUGUUUGUUUUUUUUUUCUAGGCAAAUAAAACUGAAAUGCUUUCUCUAACUACAGAGCAAAAAAAGGAUUUUUGAAAUUUUAACUAGAUUUUUUGUGUUAACAGUAACCUUAAACUGAAGGUUAGAUUAUUUUGCAUUGAAUAUUUUGUACAGGGGUAGACCAGGAUGUUUUAAGAACAUUGGCAUGGGAAGCCUUACCAUUGUAAUGAUUUGCUUCCCCAUUGGGGGAGCAGAUGCUCCUCCCCUAUUAGCAUUUAAUUUGUCCCUCCUCCAUUGGCAUUUAACAAAAUUCUCCUCCCCCAUUGGCAAUUAAUUUGUCAGUUUGUAGCAAAGAGUAGGAGAGUAGCAAAAGGGGGGUCCUGAUCUUUUUUCAUUCGUCAGUUUCAGAUAUCUUUAUUUCUUCAACAGCUGAAAGUCAGAGUGAAGGGUGCCUUCAAUUCAAAUGUGAAUAUCCCAAUCACUCUUGGUUCUGUGCCAUACCGACCACCCAUGCCACCACAGUAUCCCCCACCUGCCGCACCUAAUUUUGUUGGUCCACCACAACCCUUGGCAGGCUUUAGCGGUAUGGCAGGUUACCCUGAGGCUUCUAAGCUUGGUGAAGGCUCACAGCCUUAUCCAAAUAUAGGUGAGUGAUAAGUCUAGCUAAUGUGGAAUUUAUUAGUUUCUUUCGAGUUUUAAAGCUGAAGGUGCAUGGUGGAAACGAUUUCUCUACUUAUAUAUCUUAAUUCAGUCAAUAAGCAUCAACAGUUCUGUGGAAGAGGACUUGGUAUAGUACUGGAGGAGUUUCCAUAAAUCAUGAAAUUAUGAAAACCACAUACUGACCAUAAUUUCUUAGUUUAUUUUACACUUGCUUAAAAUUUCUAAAAUGCUGAGGCUGCUCUUGUCGCAAAGCCUUUGGUAUUUACUGUUUUCUGAACUGUUCUCUGUCUGUUGUUUAACCUUUUUCAGUAACCUAUUGUGCCGUGUGGGUGAGGAAUGGGGUUGGGGAGGGAAUCCCUUCUCUUCCUCCCUGGAAGAAGAGAGGGAACCUUGGGAACGAGGUUGGGGUCACUCAGGAAUUAGACUCUAACUAAGUACUGAUGUGAGCUGACAGUUUGGGAGACGUUGUUUCGCUUAACGCUCUUUCUUCGUUUUGUCUCCCUUGUAGCUCCUCCAUCUUAUGCAGAAUCUGUCAGAGGAGGAACGUCGAUAAAUGACGAUGGUGACUCUGGGAAGGCUCUGGGUAACAAUACGUUCACACCGAUGUACCCGUUUGUUUAUAACUAUCAGUUCCCUUCUGCUCCGCCGGCGCCAUUUCCUCAAGAUCCUGCAACUAAAUCGACAUUUUAGGACAUCAUUGUUUUUUUGUUUGUUUUUUUUCCUGCGUGAAAUCUGCGAUUUUAGAGAUGAAGUUUGAGAUGUCCUGUAAAUACAGUAUGUUUCUCUUGGUAUUUAGUUAACGAUAUUUUAAAUCAGUUACAUAAGGACAGUUCCUGUUUUUGUGGAAACUACAUGUUUCCUAGAAAGUCAUCAUAAGCAAAAGAGGCAGACAAUACUCUACGAAGGGACUCGAUCGCUCUGACGAAGGGCUAUCGUUCGAAACGUUAGCCUUUAAACUCUUUACUGUGGCUAAUUUACGUUUUCAACUCAGUUAACACUAAAUUACUCGUUCAUUUUUACACGCAUACGUGGUAUAUACAGAACUCAUAGAAAUCUGACCUUUAGAAUUUGAAAUGAUGAACGAGUCAUCGAAACGUCGUUCGAAAUUAUUAUUGCCGAAUUUUAUUCUUAAAUCUCGUAAUCUUUUCUUAAAUGGGAAAAAAAGUAUUUAUCUUUUUUCUUUUAAGAAAAGUAAUUUUCUGGUGUUUUAAAUACCACACAUUGCUUUCACGAGCAUAGAAUGCAGUUCGUUAAUGUAUUGCACAAACUAUUGUGUUCUUAGUAUCGAGGUCAGGUGUUGCUAUGUGAGAACUAGGACCUGCUUUGUGGAAAUCCUUAAGAAAGAAUAAAUUUUGUGUAUGACCAAGCGGUCUGAAAUCUCUGUGUACGAGUGGUAGAGCACCUGAGCGCGGAAUCCGAAGGUCUGAGGUUCGAUUUCUCAUGAAGAAUUUUUUUCUUUGUUACAAGUCGAUGAAACCUCUCUCAGGUAUCUAACUCUUC